UGGAGCUGGAGAGCGAUUCAUGAGUUCCCUACAGACCUGUUCUCCAACACGGAGCGACAACACGGAGCUGUCCUGCUGCAUAUCCUCGGUGCUCUGUACAUGUUCUAUGCCUUGGCCAUAGUCUGUGAUGACUUUUUUGUUCCGUCUCUGGAGAAGAUCUGCGAAAAGCUCCAUCUGAGUGAAGAUGUGGCGGGAGCCACUUUCAUGGCCGCAGGAAGCUCCACGCCCGAGCUGUUUGCCUCUGUUAUUGGUGUGUUCAUCACCCAUGGAGACGUUGGCGUUGGGACCAUCGUGGGCUCUGCGGUGUUUAACAUCCUGUGUAUAAUCGGCGUUUGUGGAUUAUUUGCGGGGCAGGUGGUCCGUCUGACGUGGUGGGCUGUGUGCCGAGACUCCGUGUACUACACCCUCUCUGUCAUCGUGCUCAUUGCUUUCAUAUAUGAUGAAGAAAUUGUGUGGUGGGAAGGACUGAUUCUCAUCAUCUUGUACGCAUUUUACAUUCUGAUCAUGAAGUACAAUGUGAAGAUGCAGGCCUUUUUCACCAUCAAACAAAAGGCCAUUGCCAAUGGCAAUACCGUCAACAGCGAGCUGGAGGAUGGUAAUGAUUACUGUGAUAGUAGCUCUGACGAUCCCUCCAUGCCGUUGCUGAGGCGAGUGAAGGAGGAGCCUCAGUACAGCAAAAACCCAGUGGUGAUGGUGGACGAGGUCAUGAGCUCCAGUCCUCCCAAGUUCAGCUUCCCGGAGGCGGGCUUACGCAUCAUGAUCACCAACAAGUUUGGGCCCAGGACCCGACUGCGGAUGGCCAGCAGGAUCAUAAUUAAUGAGCGGCAGAGACUGAUCAACUCAGCGAACGGUGCCAACAGCAAGCCACUUCAGAACGGGAGACACGAAAACAUUGAGAAUGGGAAUGUUCCUGUGGAAAACCCCAGCAACCCGCAGCGGGAGCAGGAGCCGCAGCCCCCACCGCCACCGCCUCCCCCAGAGCCGGAGCCAGUUGAGUCUGCCUUCCUGUCCCCCUUCUCCAUGCCCGAGGCAAGAGGGGACAAGGCCAAGUGGGUAUUUACCUGGCCACUCAUCUUCCUCCUGUGCGUCACCAUCCCCAAUUGCAGCAAGCCCCGCUGGGAGAAGUACUUCAUGGUCACCUUCAUCACCGCCACGUUGUGGAUCGCGGUCUUCUCCUACCUGAUGGUGUGGCUGGUGACUAUUAUUGGGUACACGCUUGGGAUCCCGGAUGUCAUCAUGGGCAUUACUUUCCUGGCAGCGGGCACGAGUGUUCCAGACUGCAUGGCCAGCUUAAUUGUGGCAAGACAAGGCCUUGGUGACAUGGCAGUCUCAAACACCAUAGGAAGCAACGUGUUUGACAUCCUAGUGGGACUUGGCAUACCGUGGGGCCUGCAGACCAUGGUCAUUAACUAUGGGUCCACGGUGAAGAUCAACAGCCGGGGUCUGGUCUAUUCCGUGGUGCUGUUGCUGGGCUCCGUCGCUCUCACAGUCCUCGGCAUCCACCUCAACAAGUGGAGACUGGACCGGAAGCUGGGCGUCUGCGUGCUGGCCCUCUAUGCCGUCUUCUUGUGCUUCUCCAUAAUGAUAGAGUUCAACGUCUUCAUCUUCGUCAACUUGCCCAUGUGCCGAGAAGACGAUUAAAGGCACUGCCCCCCCCCAUCCCCUGCCCCGGGAGCUGUUCUGGACUCUGGCACCGGUGUCCCUUGCUCUCUCCCUGUCCCCCACCACGAGCCUCUCCUGCCUCGGUGGUCGCUGUCUGUUCUGCCACAUGCUGGAAGGAAGAGCUGUCGUGGUCUUUGUCCGGGCGCGAGCAAGGCCACUGGGUGUCCUUCUCCUCCUCCUCGGAGUUCUGCCCUCCACACACGAGGUAAGAUCCACGGGCCACCGUCCGGGUCACCUGGCAGACC